AUGUGGCGAAGUGGUCUGGCGUUGUGUGCUGCGCUCGUUGUUGUGGUGGUUGGCGGCUGUUCGGCUCCUGCAACUACGUCCAGCGAGGGCGAAGAUGAUGGUCGCAUCAUCAUCCUCAUGAACGGCAAUUCGCCGUUCUGGGACGCGGUGCGCGUGGGCAUGGAAGACGCCGCCGAAGAGAUGCAGGUGAAUGCCGUGCUCGACACGAACGACGCCACACCCAAGGGGCAAGUCGAUAAGCUCAGGCAAUACGCCAGCCAGGGCGAUAUCAAGGCGAUCGCCAUUUCGGUGACCGACGGGGCCAACCCGGCGAUUGCUGAAGAGCUGAAAUCGCUCCGCGAGCAAAACAACGUCCAUGUCGUCACGAUCGACUCCGACGUGGAUCGCGAUCGGUACCGGGACUCACGCUCGUACUUCAUCGGCACCGACAACUUCGAAGCUGGCCAGCAGUUGGGCAUCGCUGCCCGAGAGCUUAACCCCGAAGGCGGCAAAUUCGUCACCUUUGUCGGCCGCACCGGAGCCCAAAACGCCAUCGAACGCGUCGGUGGGUUCGCCGACGGGGCUGGCGAGAAGUUCGAGGCCGUCGACAACAUGGGCGAUGAAAACGACCGCACUCGGGCUCGCGAGAACGUUCGCAACUCGAUUCAAAACCACCCCGAUCUCACCACACUGGUGGGCAUUUGGUCGUAUAACGCUCCAGCCAUCGUCGAUGUGGUGAAAGAACUCGAUCGCCGCGAAGACUUCGAUGUCUGCGUGUUCGACGCCGAGCCGUUGGCGAUCAAACAAAUGUCUGAUGGCGACGUCGACGUAAUGGUCGUGCAGAAUCCCUAUCAGAUGGGAUAUCAAGCGGUGAAGCUUCUUAAUGCCUUGGUUGAGGAUGAUACCCAGACCGUGGGUGAGAUGUUCCCCAAUGCCGACCAGGAAAAUGGCGAUCUCUACAACACCGGGAUGAAGGUCGUAGUGCCUGAAGAUUCGCCCCUCAAGCCGGAAUCGUUCAGCGAAAACGCCGAGUUCAUACUGUUUGGAUUGCUGGAGCCUCACGAAUGGGGCUUAAUCUUAGCCAUUGUGAUUGUCGUCGCCUUCACGGCCGCGGUCGAUCAACAUCACGCCUAUCUGCAAGACCCUUGGCGUAGUUUUCACGACAUCUGCCGCCAGACUUCAAUGCUGGGUAUCUUCGCCCUGGGUGCGGCCUUGGUGAUCAUCGCCGGGGGAAUCGAUCUUUCGGCCGGAUCGGUCAUUGCUAUCAGCGGAACCAUCUGCGGUUCGAUCAUGCUGCUGCUUGCCCCCGAGGCCAUGGAAUCGGGCGAUCCACUGGGUACAGGGGUCAUCAUUGCGGCGAUAACUGGGACGUUGCUUGUUGGGUUCUUCAUUGGCACCCUGCAUGCUUGGUUGAUAACCGUGGUGGGAUUACCGCCGUUCGUAGCCACGCUGGCUUCGUUGGUGGGGCUGCGGAGCUUGGGCCGGGCGAUUACCGAGUACCUGGCCCACAGCACACAGAUUCAAAUCUACGACGCUCAGUUUCGCGAUAUCACGAAGUCCGUUGGCGUUCAGGCCACAUUGUUCAUCGGCCUGGCCAUCGUGAUGUGGAUACUGCUCAGCCGCACCGUGGUGGGCCGGCAUAUCUACGCACUUGGAGGAAAUGAAGAAGCGGCCCGGCUUAGCGGUAUUCGCACGGACCGGCUGAAGUGGCUGGCCUAUUCGAUUGCGGCCAUGCUCUCUUCGUUGGCCGGCAUUCUCUACAUCGGCGAUCAGGGCGUGGUCGACCCUCAGACGCUCGGUCGCGCGUAUGAACUCAAUGCGAUUGCCGCCGCCGUAGUUGGCGGGUGCAGCUUGCAGGGUGGCGUGGGCACAAUUCUGGGGACUGUGCUCGGCUGUGUGUUCCUGCGGCUGGUCAUCGAUGGCGUAGCCAAGAUGAUCGACAGCGGGGCUGAUGUUUACGAGGGGCUGAUUGUCGGCAUUCUGGUGGUCUUCGCGGUGGCAUUCAACGAACUACGUCGGGCUCGUGAUGCACAGAAGAAGUUCUUCUCCGGGGCUCUUGGAGUUGCAGCCGGUGGGGUGCUGGUGCUGUUCGCCGGUGUGGUGGCCGCACUGCUUUCGGGGGCUCAAGAGGGGGCGACCCAGCGAUCGACCAUAAUUGGCCUGGUGGUUGCCGGGAUUGUGCUGGCCGCCGUUGUGGCGAUGUACGUCUUCGAACGCCGGCCGAAGCAGAGCGGAUGA